AUCAUUUUAUAAGUACCUUUGUUUGAAAUUAUGCAGGUAUUCAAUAUGGUUAGAUAGCAAGCUUCGUCUGCAGCUUGAUCCCCUACUCAUCUUGGAGUACUUCCUGUGGCGAAAAGGUUAUGAAUAUGCAAUUUCCAAUCACUAUGACAGGCAUUGUGUGUGGGAAGAAGUUGCCCAAAACAAGAAGCUUAACAAGUACAAUCAUACUGUUAUAGAUGAACAAUUUGCAUUUUACCAGGCUGACGGAUUGCAAAGAUUUAAUGCAUCUGAUCCAAACAAGCUUCUUCACAGCAAUGUACCAGAAGGAUCUUUUAUUGUGAGGGCUCACACGCCAAUGUCAAACUUGUUUUCAUGCUUAUGGUACAAUGAGGUUGACCGGUUUACUCCCCGUGAUCAGCUGAGUUUUGCAUAUACAUAUUAUAAGUUGAGAAAGAUGAAUCCGGACAAGCCUUUUUACCUCAACAUGUUCAAG